AUGCCUCUCGCCAACAUGGCUACCAACAACAUGCACAACCUGACGACGCUCAUCAAACGGCUCGAAGCUGCCACGGCCCGCCUCGAGGACAUCGCCUCGUCCACGAUCGAGCUUCCCCAGGCCGUUCCUGGUCUCCAGGAGGGUGCUAUGUCGGCUGCUCCGGCUCCCCCGAUCGUCUCGGUGGCUGCACCGACCCCGACAGCGACGGCUCCCCCACCAGCUCCAGCGCCGGCUGCGGCAUCCGCACUGCCGGCCGAGGAGCUCCCCGAGUCGAUCGAGGACUUUGACGUCUUCCUUGCCGGCGCCGUGGCCAAGUUCGUCGACCUCAGCCGCAAGCAUGGCGGCGUGGUGGCUGAGCAGGCCGACAAGGUGCUCGAGGGCUUCCGGGCCCAGCGCACCUUUCUCCUCAUCUCCACCAAGGCCAAGAAGCCCGACAUGACCGGCUCCGAGAUGUCUGUCUACCAGGACCUGCUCAAGCCCAUCAACGAGGCCCUCAUGGCCGCCGUCAACAUCAAGGACGCCAACCGCGGCUCGCCCGACUUCAAUCAGCUCAGCGCCGUGUCCGAGGGCAUCAUGGUCCUGGCCUGGGUCACCGUCGACAACCGGCCCUACAAGCACGUGGAGGAGUCGCUGGGGUCGGCCCAGUUCUUUGGCAACCGGGUCUUGAAGGAGUUCAAGGAGAAAGACCCUCUGCAGGUCGAAUGGGUCCAGUCUUUCUACCAGGUCUUCCGCGACCUGACCGACUUCGUCAAGCAGCACUUUUCCGGCGGCCUGUCGUGGAAUCCCCAGGGCGCGUCGGCCGUCCAGGUGGCCCAGCAGCUGACGUCUGCCACCGACUCUGCGGCUGCACCGCCUCCACCGGCCCCUUCGUCGGGCGGUCCGCCACCACCGCCGCCACCACCGCCGCCAGGCCCGCCGCCCAUGCUGCAGAUCAAGACCGAGUCGGCGCCGGCGGCGAGCAGGAGCAGCACGACCGCGCACGGGGCUGUGUUUGCGGAGCUCAACAAGGGCGAGGCCGUCACGGCCGGACUGCGCAAAGUGGACCGAUCACAGAUGACGCACAAGAACCCGUCGCUGCGUGCUGGCUCGACGGUGCCGGACGGCAGCACAGCCGCUCUCCGGGGCAAGAGCCCGGUGCCGGGCAAGAAACCCAAGCCUGAGAGCAUGCGGGUCAAGAAGCCGGCGCGCAAGGAGCUGGACGGCAACAAGUGGACGAUCGAGAACUACGAUCGCGAGGCGGCCGCAGCAGCCGGUGGCCCGAUCGAGAUUGAUGCCUCCAUCGGCCAGUCGAUCCUCAUCAGCAAGACCGCCAACACCACCGUCAUCAUCCAUGGCAAGGCCAACGCCGUCACCAUCGAAAACACUAGCCGGCUCUCGCUCGUGCUCGACUCGCUCGUCUCGUCUGUCGACGUCGUCAAGUCCCAGAAUCUCGCCCUGCAGGUCCUCGGUUCUAUUCCUACCGUCAUGCUCGAUCAGGUCGAUGGCGCCCAGAUCUACCUCAGCCGCGAAAGCACCGCCACCCAGGUCGUCAUGAGCAAGACCGAUGGCGUCAACCUCAAUGUCCUUCCCGCCACCACCGACGACGACCCCGACGGCGAAAAUGCCGACUACAAAGAGGUGCCCCUGCCCUCUCAGAUCUGCUCCUACUUUGACCCAGCCAAGGGCACCUUGGUUAGCGAGAUCAUUGCGCACGCUGGAUAG